AUGGGUGUCAUAAAGAGAGUGCUCAAAAAGGGCAAUGGAGUUGACAAGCCAUCAAAGGGCGACGAAGUGGUGAUCAACUACAAAGGGUGCCUUUAUGACCCAACUGCCGCUGAUAAGAACUAUAUGGGAGACGAAUUUGAUUCUUCCAGCGACAGAGGGAACUUCACAACCACAAUCGGCAUUGGGAAAGUUAUCCAAGGUACUUAUUAA